AUGGCGACGGGCGUGAAGCCUCAAGCGGAGGACGUCCUGCUCACGGUUUCCGUCCAGUACCCGAGCCCCGAAUUCCAGUACCCAGAACGACGAAUCACCUUGGAGCAAAAAACCCCAAGCGUUGUGAACAUCGGCCGGACGAGCAAAAGAUUCAGCAAUCUGGAGGCAAAGGCGAAUAAUUGUUUCUUCGACAGCCCGGUGAUGUCCCGGGAGCAUGCGAAAAUCACCGUCGACUGGUAUCACAAGAAACUCUUCAUCAAAGACAUCGGCUCGCUGCACGGAACCUACCAUAACUCUCUGAAGCUGCCUCCGCAUACCGCGAAGGAGCUUACAACGGGUGACGUUCUGAAGUUUGGCAUCGACAUACAGCGAUCCAACGACCUCUUUCCACCUUGUACGAUCCAGGUGGACUGGGAAUUCGACCACCUCGCCAAAGAAAAAGCUUCAGGGCUUGGCGGCCGCCCAACAUUUUCCGUCCCCGAUGAUUCCGACUCAGAGAGUAGCGACGAAGAUAUGUCUACCACGGACGAUAUCCGCGCCACUGUCGAAAAGAUUCGCAAGACCCAGAUGCCUAGAUCGACCACGGGCUUGGGUGGUUCCUUUCCCAGCUUCAUUCCUCAGGGCCCAAUAGACCUGACUAUCGACUCUCCUGCUCAUGAGCCCAUUGUUAUCGACGAAGAUAUACAGAACGAUACAGAUAAGCUCUCCGAACGCGCUCCCAACGCUACGCAAGAUCAGGAGGUGACGAUUGAGCUGGAUGCUCCGUAUGACGAAGAGGAAGACGAGGAUAUGCCCUCCAGCCAUAGGAUGAACUCGAAACUCCCUCUGAUACUGGCAUCGGAGUCAGAAUCGGAGGAUUCAUACGAUGACGACGAGUCGGAAAGCUAUCCCGAUGAUGAACCUACAAGCCAGGAAAUGCCGGACUCUUACGACGAUGAUAUUUGUCUAAGUGAAUCCGAAAUUUCGGAUCGCAGCGACGAUUCUGAGGCCGAGAGCGAGGGCGAGAGCGAGGAUGAGAACCUGACUGGAGCUCCGAGCUAUGACGAGCUUGAGAACGUCCAAAUGAUAGAUGGCGAUUACGGUUCUCAACCAAACAAGGAUAUGACAGCCGCCUGGGAAGCCCAGAAUCCUUCAUUUACCUUCACGCAAUCGCAACAGAUGCUCAGCAUUCCUCACACAAACUACUUCCCUCAGCCAGAUGCUAGUCGCCAGUUCUUCCCCGCGCCUAUGCCGUCACUCCCUUCUAUUAUACCUUACGAAGGUUUGCAAGAACAAGGACGACAGAACGACCUCAGACUGCCAUCGAUAUUGAAUCCUUCGGAUGAUAACGUUAAGAAUCCCUUCUUAGCUAGCAUGAACCCCGAGCAAAUGCACACGUCUGCACCGACGGAUUACCUUCUUCAAAGCGAAGGAGUAGCACCACUUCGUGCUUCAUGGGAUCGGGUCCCAAAUACUUCCAAGGGUGUCACUGCCACGGAGUCUCUAGCGUUCUCGCAGGACGAUGGGCCAUCAGCUGAAGCCCUUGGCCAAGCUACUGGAAAGCCAGAGUUUUUCGCGGCCAGGGAGGUCAAUAAGCAAAUCUUGCGCCGCAAUGAGCAAGAUAACGAUACGACUCCAGUCCAACCUCGCAGCCAGGUUCCCAAGCCGCCUGCGACUCCCAUGGAGCCAUCUACUUCGAAGCUCGGCCACCACAUUACCUCCGAUGCAGCCCCCGCACCGGCGCCAGUAAACGAAACGCCCAAGUCGGCCAAAGUGGCUGAGUCGGCCUGGUCUAGUUCUGGGGAGAAAUUCCUCAAUAGUCCUCAGGACUUCCCUCUUACAUACGCAACGGAAACUCCCGAGCUUGACAUGACCAGUGCAUAUCAGUUCCAACAAAGCAAAUUGGGCUCACUGGCACAGACUGAGGAUACUUCACUGAAUGGCCCUACCGGGCAGAAGACCACUCCAAAGCGUAAGGCCAGUGAGAUCUCAACGCUCACGCCUCAUGAGGAGGCGAUCGAGGCGGCCGUGAAAAGCGUUGCAACCGGGGCGCAAACAACGGCCGAACAGCCCAUGAUUGUUUCUGUGGUUACAAAGCCGACACCGGAAGCACCUCCCCCCGCUAAGCGUCUGCGAAGCUUCUUGAGCAAGGCUGGGUACUUCGUCGGUGGCAGCGUGUUGACUGCGGCAGGUGUCGUAACAGCACUUGCUGCAACCGCCCCUGCUCUUUGA